CAUGUGUUUACUUUAAUGAUGGGUAAUCUACAAAGUAGUAUUAUGAAAUCUUCGUGAACUUUGAAGGAAUGAGGAAAAAAGCAUACGCUAUGUGAUCCAGGAUAUACAAGAGACAUGUCAUCAAUCAAGUACUUUUGACUUUAAAAGUCUUUCAUUCAAUCAACGUGAUAUCGUCAAAAGUGGUGUCAAGAUUCUCUUUACGUUUACAAUUCAUGUUUCAUGAAGUUGUAUUAUUAAUUUUUUUAAGUUCAAAAGAAAUUCUUUGGUCUGUGCCACUUCCUUUCGAAACUUCUAUCUGAUAAAUCAUUUCUUCAUAUGAAGCAUUAGGUCAGCUGGGAUCAAAAAUGAGUGAAUCUUCUUGGAAACAAUAUUAUGAAGAUAAUCCACCACCAUCAGAUUUGCCCAAGAUCAAGGCUCAGUUGAUUGAGUUUUGCAGUCACCAUGCUUCAAACAAUACCCGUGUGGUGUUGGUCACGUCUGGUGGAACAACAGUGCCUCUUGAACACAACACUGUUAGAUUUGUUGAUAAUUUUAGUGCUGGUACCAGAGGUUCAUCAUCUGCAGAAUAUUUCUUAAAAGCAGGUUGUGCUGUCAUUUUCUUGCAUCGUAGUAAGUCAUUGGAACCAUUUGUGAGGCAUGUUCCAGUAUCAGACCUGAUGGAAUCUCUUGUUACUGAACAAGCUGUGGACGGAAACUGGAGCAUUACAGUUCAUGGUGACCUGUGUAAUAAAUUAGCAGAAAUAUCAAAUGAAUACAAAAGGCUUUGUGCGAAGAAAAUGCUGAUCAAGAUUCCAUUUACUACCCUAUCAUCAUAUUUUCAUAUAUUAUAUGAGGCUUCCCAUGCACUGAAACCUAUGGGCAGAAAUGCAAUAUUGUAUUUAGCAGCUGCAGUAUCUGAUUUUUACAUUCCACGUCAAGAAAUGGCAACACACAAGAUUUCAUCGGAUGAAGAGCUUAGCUUGAAUUUAAGAAUGGUUCCUAAAUUGCUUCAACCCCUUGUCCGCUACUGGGUUCCUGAUGCAUUUGUAGUUUCAUUCAAAUUGGAAACAGAUGAAUCAAUUCUAAUAAGUAAAGCAAGAAAAGCACUAGAAAGGUACCAACAUAAACUUGUCAUUGGCAAUGAACUUAAUAGUCGUAAGUAUAAGGUUACACUUGUGACGAAAACAGAAGAAAAGUCGAUUAUCUUAAAUCAAGAAGAAAUCUCAGAAGGAAAAGAAAUAGAAGAAAAAAUAGUUGAAGAAUUAUUCAAGUAUUAUGAAAAACUAUAAUAUUUUUAAAUUAUUCAUGUUAUAUAAAUACUAUAUUUUAAUUAGUUAAA